GGGCUCCGCGCCCCCUCCUGCCCGUGUUAAGUGGUGCUGGCCGGGCUGGCGGGAGGCAGCGCGGCGGCCGCUGUGGCUGAAGGAAGCGGGCUGCGGGGCCGCGCCAGCGGGAUUUCAGCUCGGCUGGGAGCGCUUCUGCCCUUCGCCUCAGCAGCAGCCGCCGCCUCCGCCGCCACAUCGGUCGGAAAACAUGAGCCGAGAUUUCAAACCCGGAGACUUGAUCUUUGCCAAGAUGAAAGGUUAUCCCCAUUGGCCAGCCAGGGUGGAUGAAGUUCCUGAUGGAGCAGUGAAACCUCCUACAAAUAAAAUGCCUAUUUUCUUUUUUGGAACGCAUGAGACGGCAUUUUUGGGACCAAAGGACAUAUUCCCAUAUUCUGAAAAUAAAGACAAAUACGGUAAACCAAAUAAAAGAAAAGGCUUUAAUGAAGGAUUAUGGGAAAUUGACAACAACCCCAAAGUAAAAUUCUCUCAUCAACAGUCUCAUCCAACUGUUAACAACACUGUUAAAGAGACUGUUGAAGAAAGCUGUCAAGAGCCUACUGAGGGAAGUGAAGAAAAAGUAGGAACCAAAAGGAGAAAGUCUAUAGUUCCCAAAUUAUCUCCAAAACAGGAUAAUUUGCCCACUGAAGUUGAAACAGAAGAAAAAGAGAUGGAUGCUGCAAAGGAAGAAGAUAUCCCUUCAGAAAAACCCAGUAGUGAAGGUGUGGUGAAAGCUAAUGAUGUACCUGUUCCUAAAGUUGCUAGAAGAGGGAGAAAAAGAAAGUCUGAAAAACAAGCAGAAGCUGAGGAGGCAGCAGUGGCAACAGCUACAACAGUGACAGCAGCAACAACUGAAGUAGUUGCGGCUCCUAAAGUGAGCCCUAAAAGAGGAAGACCAGCAGCUACAGAAGUAAAGGUUCCAAAACCAAGAGGAAGACCCAAAUUGGUGAAACCACCUUGUCCUUCAGAAAGUGACAUUGUUCAUGAGGAGGAUAAGACCAAGAAAAAAGUACCAGAAGAAAAACAACCCAAAAAACAGCUGAAAAAAGACGAGGAGGGUCAGAAGGAAGAAGACAAACCAAGGAAAGAUAUUGACAAAAAGGAAGGAAAAAAGGAGACUGAACCAAAAAGGAAAAGUGCCACUAAAGUGGGUUCUACAUCAGCGUCUGAUUCUGAAGAGGAUGGAGAAGAGCAGGAAGGUGAUAAGAAGAGAAAAGGAGGAAGAAACUUUCAGGGUGCUCAUAGGAGGAAUAUACUAAAAGGCCAACAUGAGCGAGAUGUAGAAGAAAGAAAACGCAAGCAAGAAGAACUGAUGGAAUCAGAGCCCUGGAGCCCACACCGUCAGACAGAACAAGGAAAAGGUUCUGGCUUAUGCUACUCUGGCUCUGCAAAGCCAGUUGAGUGAUUUCAAGAGCAGUCUGCGCUCAGAAGAGAAACUAUCACAAAAGAACCAAGCAUCAGCAUGGAGAGAAGAUGCUGCCAGAAACUUGUUGUGGGGGUGGGGUGGGGACACUGGGAAGAAAUCUCUGUCCUAUUCUGGAGAGCAAUUCCAGGAAUGGGUGAAGAAGGAACCACCAAGAGAUCGUGAUGUCCCCAUCCCCACAGUUGGUGGGAGGGAGGAAGAAAGGGAGAACAAGGUAACAACUCUGGGAGAAAAGGAGAUGAGAGAACAGUCCCUCCCUCUCCACAUAAUGACAACGUCUAACAUAUACUGGUUCCCCUCUAACUUUCCAUGCCUAGUAACAAGAACGCAAACUCUAUCUUUCUGUCCUCCUCAACCACCCUUUUCCUGGCAGCCUAAACUUAUUCCUUUUUGCUAGCUGCCAAAUUGCAAGCAUCUCCAGCUCCCAAAGAUACUAAACUCUGUCCCUACCAUUCCUCAACAGCUGGUCUUAAUGUUUUGUUAAUGCUUAAUUCUGUGCUACACUUCUAAUUCUACAACAAAUUGUAAUGUAUUGAUUUGGUUAUUCAUUUUAAUACUAAUGAAAUAAACUCGUUUUAAAUAGCUUUCAAGUUUACUAUUAUGCUUCUGGGGAGCUAGAAAUAGUUGCAUUUAAAUUAUUAUAAGUAGGAGAGCAUUUGCUUCAGCCUUGGAAUUCAGCGUAUCAUGGAAUAUGCAGGCCUUUAUUAUAGCUAGUGACUAAUGUUAACAAUAAACCUAGAACCAAAAAAAAAUUUUUAAAUGUGCUCUUUACUUCUGCAGUACUCUCUGCCUACACGUUGAUAAGAAGGAAGUCUGUUAUUCCUCACAGAACUAAUAGUCUAAACAGACGGAACAAUCUUGCUUAUGCAUCCUAAAUUUGUUCUACUAUGCCUCUGUAUUAUUCCUUUAUAUUUAAAACUGUAUUUUGUUCUGGGCUGCUGGUGUCAUGAAAGAUGCUCUGUGAAAUUUGUUUUGUGUUCCUGUAAAUCUGUGAACCUAUAGAAUGGUUAGAAUGAGAGGAACAUCCAGGGUAUACUUAAGGAUUUAUUUUUUUAAUGGAUUUUUUUGGUCAGAUUUUGAUAUCUGUUGUGUCAACUGCAUCAAAAAUAUACUGAAUAUGCAUUGCAGAAAAUGUGGUUCCUCUGCAUGUUAGGAUUUCCAAACAUAAAAUAAGACUUUGUAUAUAUGUAGAAGUAGUACCAACUAUAAUACAGUCUAAAGCAGUGGUGGGCAACCUGCGGUGGGACCAUCAGGGUAAUUCACUGGCAGGCUAUGAAACCGUUUGUUUACAUUGUCCAUCUGCAGCUCCCAAUAGCCAGAGUUCGCUGUUCCUGGCCAAUGGGAGCUGCGAGAAGCGGCACAGAGACAUGCUGACAGCUGCUUCCCACAGCUCCCAUUGUUCUGGGAGUGGGGAAACGCAGCCACUCGGAGCUGUAGGUGGCGGUGCCUGCGGAUAGUCAAUGUAAACAGAUUGUCUUAUGGCCUGGCAGUGGAUUACCCUGACGGGCCGGGCCGCAGGUUGCCCACGACUGGUCUAAAGACAAGAUAAAUAGGGAUUUAUAGUGGUUCCUGAACCAUGCGGUUGAGAGUUUAAAACUUCUGUUUUGUUCCAAAAUAAGACACUGCGACUUUGUAAUGUUUUCUCUCCUCCUUCUGUGACUGAAGGGUGACCAUGCCAUUGUCCUGAAGUUUUUUCCUUUAAGUCCUUAUUUUCAUUUUAUUGUAUUGUAUUAGUAUUUUCACUCAUCCUAAGGGAACGAGCCAUGAGAUUUGUAAAAAUGCUGGGGGGGGGAGGGCAGGAAUUAAAUUAUUUACACUGCUUAUUAAGGUGUUUCAAUGUGAUUAAUACAUAAUAUGGCCUUUUGUUUUAGGGCACAUACAGAGUUUCUAUAGAUUUCUCUCCUCCACUGCUGACUGUUGGGGGUGGGAGCAAUGUUUGUGUGGUUUUUGGGUGGGGGAAGUUGCCAUAUGAUAGGGACUGUUAGAAUGCUGCAACUCCAUUACUAUGUGUAGCUGGUGUAGAAUCAAGUGCCACUUUUAAAGUCUGAUGUGAGCCAUUAAAGUGUUCUUGAAGUCAUAAAAUUUUCUGUUGUGUGAAUCUUUCAUACAGUGCAUCUUUCUUUUUAACUUUCACAUGCGACAAAAGCACAGAGAAUAAAAUUUAUAAAUCUGUACGA